AGCUUAGGGCACGCCCACGCCCUUUUGAAAACGCCCGGCUUCUGUUGAUUUCAGAGAGGCCGAGGCUUUCGCUGGACAAAACCAAUAGGAAGAGACGAGUGUUGACAAGGGGAAGAGAAAACAAUGCCCACUCUCACAAAGCUCUUCUCCAUGCAAGAAGCCUCUCUCCACAACUCCAAGGACGACUGUUGGGUCGUCAUCGAUGGCAAGGUAUAUGAUGUGACAACUUAUUUGGAUGAACACCCUGGUGGAGAUGAUGUGAUCCUUGCUACAACUGGGAAAGAUGCCACCGAUGAUUUUGAGGAUGCUGGGCAUAGCAAUGAUGCAAGGGAGCUUAUGAAGAGCUUUUGUAUUGGGGAGCUUGAUAUGUCUUCCCCAGCUAUUCCAGAACUUAAAAUCUCUGACAAGAAACAACAAACAGAUGUUGCUCAGAAGCUCUUGAACUUGACAAAACAAUACUGGGCUGUUUCUGUAGCCAUAGUUGGCAUCUCUGUGGUGGCUGGCUUCUUGUUUAUGCGGAAGAAGUAAAGCAAUUUAACUCCCCUCUCGCCCUGAAUCAUACUAUUAUUUGUCAUCACAAAUUUUGAAUAAUUAAAAUGCUGGUAAUUAAGAGAGCUUCCAUUAUUCUUAA